GUUUCGUUUCCUACCGCUACUGCUGGCUCUUCCCCUCGCGGCCUUUUCCUGAAAUUGAUUAUUUCGGUGAACAGAAAGCGCCAACCAUGCAGCCUCGGCACGGAAAAGCCAUGCGGAGAGCUUCUGAGGCCGGAGCCACCGCUCUCGAGGCUUCUGCGCCAAGUGCCAGGGGCGCCCCGACGGACCCAAACGAGUCUUCGGCUGCCCCCGAAGCCGCCCGGCCCAACGCGGGAAAGUUCGGCCCCGCCAGGGAGUCGGGAUCCGGGCAGAAGAAGAGCGCCCAGGACGCCCAGGAGAGGCCGCCAGCCCGCGAGCUGGGUGCCCGCCCCAAGAAGGCCCCUCAGCGCGCCGAGGACGCGCGGCUCUCGGACGCAACCAGCGCAGCUGGCGCGAUGGUGCGGGAGCGUCCCGCGGCUCUGGAGCCGGCUUUUUCCAGAGCUGGUUCUCGCCGCGCGAGGGGUGCGCGCUGCUUUGCGGAACCCAGACCCCCGCCCGGGCCCUGGGACUUGCCCGGCCCCGGCCUGCCGGUCUCUGGCCCCAUGCUCGGCCGAAGGGAGUUGGCGCCGCGGACUUGCAAGCUCCGGGCGGUUUUAGAGAAGUUAAGGCUCAGUCGCGAAGAUGUCUCCACCGCGGCCCAAGUGGUGAACAGCGUUGUGGACCACCUGCUGCGCAGACUGCAGCAGUGCGAGUCCGAGUUCAAAGGCGUGGAGCUGCUGCGCACCGGGAGCUACUAUGAGCGCGUGAAGAUUUCUGCACCUAAUGAAUUUGAUGUCAUGUUUAAACUGGAAAUCCCCAGAAUUCAACUAGAAGAAUAUGCCAACACUGGUGCAUAUUACUUUGUGAAAUUCAAAAGAAAUCCGAAAGAAAAUCCUCUGAGACAAUUUUUAGAAGAUGAAAUAUUAUCAGCUUCUAAGAUGCUGUCUAAGUUUAGGAAAAUAAUUAAGGAAGAAAUUAAAAACAUGCAAGCAGAUACAGAUGUCAUCAUGGAGAGGAAAAGAAGAGGGAGCCCUGCUGUAACCCUUCUUAUUAGAAAAGAAAUAUCUGUGGAUAUAAUCCUGGCUUUGGAAUCAAAAAGUAGCUGGCCUGCUAGCACCCAGGAAGGUCUGCCCAUCAAAGACUGGCUUUCAGCAAAAGUCAGGAAGGAGCUAAGACAAAAGCCGUUUUACCUUGUACCCAAGCAUGCAAAGGAAGGAAAUAGUUUCCAAGGAGAAACAUGGCGGCUAUCCUUCUCUCACAUUGAAAAGGAAAUUUUGAGCAAUCAUGGAAAAUCUAAAACGUGCUGUGAAAAGAAAGAAGAGAAAUGUUGCAGGAAAGAUUGUUUAAAACUGAUGAAAUACCUUUUAGAACAGCUGAAAGAAAAGUUUAAAAGUGAAAAACAUAUGGAUAAAUUCUGUUCUUAUCAUGUGAAAACUGCUUUCUUUCACAUAUGUACCGAGAACCCUCAAGACAGUCAGUGGGACCCCAAAGACCUGGAGCUCUGCUUUGAUAACUGCCUGACAUACUUUCUUCAGUGCCUCAGGACAGAAAAACUUGAAAAUUAUUUUAUUCCUGCAUUCAAUCUAUUCUCUAGCAACUUAAUUGACAAAAAAAGUAAAGAAUUUCUGUCAAAGCAAAUUGAAUAUGAAAGAAAAAAUGAGUUUCCAGUUUUUGAUGAAUUUUGAGAUUCUGUUUCGAAAGAAUCUGAGUGACUCUCAAGCCCGGAGAAUACCAAAAAAAUUUUAAACGAGGCCAGG